GCGGAUUGGAGUUGUGGGAGGGGCGGCCAUGUGCGGCGGAUCUCUUCAGGAAGAGGCUGUGGGGGGGAACCUUCGGGGAUGCUUACCGAAGGCCCGGGUGCUGGAUGGAGCACAUGUUGCUGGACAACGAGACGGGCCUGGACCCCCCCGGCAUCAGGGUGCGGCCCGUGUCAGGGCUGGUAGCAGCGGACUACUUCCUGCCGGGCUACUUUGUGUGGGCCGUCAUCAUCGAGCAGCUGGCCAAGAUCGGCUACGAGGAGCGGAACAUGUUCAUGGCCGCUUAUGACUGGCGGCUGUCCUUCCAGAAUACACAGAAGAGGGAUCAAGCGCUCAGUCGCCUGAAGGCCACCAUUGAGAUGCUAGUGCAGACAAACGAGGGCAGGAAAGCCGUGGUGGUGCCACACUCCAUGGGAGUGCUCUAUUUCCUCUUCUUCAUCAAGUGGGUCGAAGCACCAGCGCCCCUGGGAGGGGGAGGGGGCCCGCGGUGGGUGCACGAUCACAUCAGAGCUGUCUUCAACAUCGGAGGGCCUCUCCUGGGCGCACCCAAGGCGUUCACAGGUCUUUUCUCAGCAGAAGCUAAAGAUGUAGCGGCUAUCAGAGCCGUCUUCAACAUUGGAGGGCCGCUGCUGGGUGGACCCAAGGCGUUCACUGGACUGUUUUCCACAGAGGCCAAGGACGUGGCGGCUAUUAGUUUCACCCCAUUUCCUCACCCGCUCCCCUUCGCCUUUUUUCCCCCUCCCCACCCGCCCCACAUCUCCACCUUUCCAAACAGAGCGCUCGACCCGGGGGUGUUUGGGAGCCUGCAGGCGCUGCAGCAUGUGAUGCGGGUGUCGCGCACGUGGGAUGCCACCAUGAGCAUGCUGCCCAAGGGAGGCGAGGCGGUGUGGGGCAACGCCACGUGGGCGCCAGAGGACUCCUUCAACUGCUCCAAGGCACGCGCCAAGCAGCUGCAGCAGCAGGCGGGGGAGAGUGGGGGGAAUAGCUCCAAGGCAGGGGGGGAUGGGAGGGUGAGAGGGGCGGGCAAGGGGCUGGGAGUGGAAGGGUUUUUACGCACUCUGAUGGCGGAAGGGGCCUCAUCCUCUGCCUCCUCGGCCUCCUCAGCGUCGUCUUCCUCCUCCUCCUCUGCUUCUUCUGCCUCCGCUGCUGGCGCUCACUCAGAGGGGAGUGGCAACGAGGGGGAGGAAGAUGAAGCAAAGGCAACUGCAAGGAGCUACGACCUUGAGACGAGCGAGCGGCGGGCGUGGUUUGGACGCAUGGUGUCAUUUGGAGAAGCAUCAGCCACGCUCUCGGAGUCCCUGGUGUGUCCCUCAGGCGCCAAGGCAGCAGCCAGGGCAGCAGCAGCCAUGUGCCCUGCCGCCUCCACCUGCCCUGCCACGUGGGGGGGGCAGCAGUACGUUCUCUCUGACCCCUGUAGCUGUGCCAUGCAGGACUUACUGCCCGAGGGCGAUGACGAGUACAGUGACGAGACUGCUUAUAACGGGGCAGAGGGGAGGGGCGGGGUGGGUGUCGGAGGGGAGAAGGGGGAGAAAGGGGAGAAGGACGAGGCAGAAGGGAAGGAAGGGAAGGCUCCCGAGAGGGAGAGUCGGCGCAAGCAGUGGCAGCGGCAGCUGGAGGAGACAGUGUUUCAGCACCUGCAGUCGCGCAACAAGUCGUGCGGCGAGGUGUGGACGGAAUAUCACGACAUGAGCUGGCACGCUCUGAAAGACAUCGCCAACUGCCCCUUCUACACGGCGGGCGACGAGAGCGACGGGCCGUCGGGCGGAAUUCUGGGGCUGCUGAGGCAUGUGGCGCCCAAGACUAUGGCGCGGGCGGAUGAGAACUGGAGCUACGGCAUUGCGGAGGAUUUGAGUGAGAGGAAGUAUGCGGAGGAGCCAAAAUACUGGGCGAACCCACUGGAGACCAGGUACGUGUGUUGA